UUCUGAUGACGUCAUCUUCCUCUUCUUUCACACUUGGUGUUGAAGCACCUUCCUAGUAACCACGCUGAAAUUGCUUGUAAAUGUUUAUUAAUCUUAUCUCUUAAUUAUAUUUCCUUACAACAUAAAAAUAAAAACUUUCGUAAUAUAUUUAUAAGUUUAUCAGUGAAAGACACAUUAUUUCUCUGUCUUCCCUUCAUCACUUGCUUUAGCUCUACUAGUUCUUCGUUGACAAAAAAAAAUCUACUAGUUCUUAGUUGCUUUAAGAUCUCUCUCUCUCUCUCUCUCUCUCUCUCUCUCUCUCUCUCUCUCUCUCUCUCUCUCUCUCUCUCUCUCUCUCUCUCUCUCUCUCUCUCUCUCUCUCUCUCUCAUUUGUUUCUGUAAACAAGAAAAUGAAUUUCCCUCAAAACCCUAACCCUAAUUUCACGUUCUUAUCCGAUGAAAAUUUUAUUAGUCCCUUUAUGGAUAAUUUCGAUUUUGCCAAUUUGAUGUUUGAAGUUGAUGAAGGAGGCAACAAUGGAUUAGUUCAGGAGGAAAAUUCACCUCCAAUAAGCAUCGUUUCGUCGGAGACACUUACUUGUGAUAGCAGCGGAUCUGGCAGCGCAGUAAUGACGCUGAGUAAAAAGGACUCAACUUUUGACUGCAUAAACAGGGGAAUUAAAGAUGCUGAGACGAAGGAGCCGCCGAGUCAUCGAGUUGCAUUUAGAACGAGAUCAAAGAUGGAUGUGAUGGAUGAUGGUUAUAAAUGGAGGAAGUAUGGGAAGAAAUCUGUCAAAAACAACAUUAACAAGAGGAAUUACUACAAAUGCUCAAGUGAAGGUUGCAUGGUGAAGAAGAGGAUAGAGAGAGAUGGUAAAGAUGCAGCCUAUGUGAUUACAACCUACGAAGGAGUCCAUAACCAUGAGAUUCCCUCACAUGUCUAUUACAGUGACAUGGUCUUGUCUUAUGAUCAUAACAAUUGGAACCAGCACUCUCUUCUACAAUCUAUCCAUACAUCUCCUCCAUCUUGAUAUUAUCUGAAACCUAGCAUCAUUGUAAAAUCUCAAUAUAUCGCCUUGUAUAAUUUUAUAGGUAUAAUAUUAAAGAAGUUAAUUAUUUCGCAA